UCGGUGUUUGUGAUCCACCCGCACAGUAUAAUUAAUCAUCACGAAACGCAGUACACUCCGAGAAAAGCUCACUCAGAAGUCACUCACUUCCCGAGGUCUCUCUUUCUCUCUCUAGAGAGUGAAAGAUCCAAUUGCUGGCCGGAGCUAUUGUGCGCCGGCGGGCAUAGUACACGCCCAAAGCUAUUGCGCGCGCACACAGCUGAUUUGGACCGGGUCGCUGAUUUCGGGUCGGAAAUGGAUCACCAGGUGGCGGCGAUGAUGGGCGGCUGCGGCGGCGGAGGGGUUUACGGGUAUGCGGAGAUCUGGCCGGAGUUUCAGAUGAGCGGCAAUGCGGCGGCGUAUGGGCUGGGCCUGGAUCCGAUGCUGACGGAUCACGGUUCGGGUCAUAACCCGGACGGUAGCGGGUCGAGGAAAAUGAAGGAGGAAGAAAACAAAAAAGAAUCAGACAAGAAUGCGAAGCAAACUUCGAAACCAGCGGAACAACCUAAGCAAGACUAUAUUCAUGUUCGGGCCAGAAGAGGUCAGGCUACCGAUAGCCACAGUUUAGCCGAACGAGCUCGCAGAGAAAAGAUUAGUGAAAGGAUGAAGAUUCUCCAAGAUUUAGUCCCUAGUUGUAAUAAAAUUCGUUUACUACAUCUUGCAUUACGUGUUUUUCCAUCUCAGGUUAUCGGCAAAGCUCUUGUGCUCGAUGAGAUUAUUAAUUACAUUCAAUCUUUACAGCGGCAAGUUGAGCAACCUUUUGAGGCUCCCGACAUAGCGUUCGGUUCCCAAACCGCACGGGAAUAUGACAGGGGCUCCUCUCCGGACUGGCUACACAUGCAGAUC